GGCUGAUUUCCAAUAUAAAAGCCUAGACCCAGUGUGGAUAAAAAGCCCCCAAACCGUACCUACAUUUGAGCUUGACUUCCUUCUCCCUCCAGCCAUGGCGCACUUGAGUGAAACGGAGACAGACAGAUCAUCACAACCGCCUAAUGGAAACGGCCUUUGCCCCUUGAAAGUCCUCAUCGUCGGAGCCGGCAUCGGGGGCUUGACGGCAGCAAUCGCUCUGCGGGAACAGGGGCAUGAUGUGCAGGUCUUUGAGCAGUCCGCGCUGGCCACCGAAACAGGCGCUGCUCUCCAUAUCCCGCCAAAUGCAAAUGGCAUCCUGAGACGUUUGGGGAUCUUUGCUGAUGAAUUUGGAGCCAAUCCAAUGGAGAGGGUACCCAUCCCACCCUGUUGUAUCCAGUGAAGACACCAUACAUCUAAUUCCAUGGCUUGCAGAUAACCGAGUAUUCUGCGGCUGGUGAACAGCUGCGGUCGUUGGACCUGAGAGGACCCAACAAGAGAUGGCAACAUGUUAGUCCCCAUUCCCUUACCUGUUGACGGAAAGAAAUGCCUUGACUCCUUGCAGCAAUGGCUCCUUGCGCAUCGCAUUGGGUUGCACAACAAUUUGAAGGCCAUUGCAACAUCCGCAGCACAUGGGAAGAAGGCCGUGCAGCUCAACACCGCAAGCCGGGUCAGAGAAGUCAAUCCGAAGAAGGCGACUAUCGUGCUAGAAGAUGGCACCGAAUUCCACGGGGACGUUGUCCUCGGCGCAGACGGUGUUCAUUCUGUAACGAGAAAAUUCGUGCCCGGAGGCGACGUCAAGGCCUUUCCAAGCGGGAAAAGUGCGUAUCGAUUCCUCGUCCCCAAAGAUGCUGCCCUCAACGAUCCCGUUACGAGACCCAUGGUCGAACGGCCGGGGGAGUUCUGUAUAUGGUAUGCCACGGACCGUCGGAUCGUCAUGUACCCAACGUCCAACAACAGUACGCUGAACUUCGCGGUAAUCCAUCCCGAGUCAGAGUCCGCAGACCAGGCGGGCAAUGACUGGACGCAGACGGGCAAUCUUCAGCGGAUGCUGGAGAUUUUCUCUUCUUUUGACCCGGCUAUCCUCAAGUUGCUGGGGAAAGCAACCCCAGGAAGUGUCAAGGUGUGGAAGCUGUUGGACAUGGAAACAAUCCCCAGGUGGCACACGGAGCAUCUGGCUCUGCUGGGUGACGCAGCUCACCCUUUUCUGCCUCAUCAGGGCCAGGGCGCUGCUGUGGCCAUUGAAGACGCUGCUUCCUUGGCUGUUGUGCUUCCACUGGGGACUCCUGUAAAAGAGAUCCCGGAACGACUGCUGCUUUACCAUCAAAUUCGCCAUGAGAGGGCAAGCCGGAUCCAGGAGUUUUCAAGGUUGAUCGGCCAGGAUAUAAAGGAGAAAGCAUUGGACAUCCAGGGAUUCACCAACUACAAUUUCGGCCACGACGAAUGGGACAACUCGACGCAAGCACUACGUGAAUGGACCUGGAAGCGUAUCCCGAAUGCAUACUGGCGCAUGCCUAUUGCUUUUGGUCCGAUGCCAGGCCCGAGACAGACGCACCUCGGCGUUCCCAGGAACAGUACAAAAUCGACAUUCACAACAGCAUCGAUCAAAUUGAAGACAUCUCGCACGUUGCUGCAGAAUCUCUUUCCACCAUCGCGUCAAGGCUGGCGGUUCAGCUCUCCGGACACGUUUGCCUACGCGUCGUUCUCACAGACGACGCUGGACAAGAUGGAGUGGCUCGGCGGCUCAGGUUACCACCGUCUUGGUUUCUACGUGCACGGAGUCGAAUACGUCAAAAAGGAUGGCUCCGUAAUUAAAGGGACAUAUCUCCCGAUCCUGUUUGAGUCGCUGGCGGAUCCGAUCAUCUCUGACCGUGAAGAGCUGGGCAUGCCUAAGCUGUACGCAUCCAUCGACGUCUAUCGUCGAGCGACGUCCUACCGAAUUCGAGCAGGCUGGCAGGGUGCAUCCUGGGGCAGUUUUCACCUGGAGGGUCUCGUCGAGUCUGAUCUCGCAUCUGACACGAGAGGUAGCAUCGAUGGCGAAGCUGAUGAAGGGAUCCUUUCGUAUAAAUAUGUGCCUAAGAGCGGUUGCGCGAACAAAGGUCCUGCGGCUGAAGAAUAUACCGUUUUAGAUGCGUUCUCUGAAGUUGAGCCAGGGCCCAAGCCGCGCAGGGCUUACACGGCGACUAAGGCAUCCUUUGAAAUCGACCCUUUGGACUGGGAGCAGCUGCCGACUCUGCACCACGUCAUAUCUAGACUGGCAGAGUUGCCUGUCUAUGAGAUCGUCGGGGCUAAGAUUGUCGAAGGCGAGGGCGUGCUGGACGUGUCUGGGGCCAGGCCUGUUGAGUGAGCUAACAUCCUGAUUUGGAAAUUGUCGCAGAAUAUAAUUCUUAUUUGAUAGUAUAGGAAGUGUCCAUAAGCGGUUUAUAUAAAUAAGAGUCAACAGUCUGGUAUUCAGAACUCAGGCAGCCGAAGCAACCUUUCUGGGCCACUGACCGAUAGUAAACUGCGAAUUACACAUAUUGGUAAGCUCUAGGCACUGGGCUUCAUUGAUACUUCGAUCUUGUUGUUGCCCACACAGCCCCAGUGGGCUCCCUGCAUUCUAGUCAGUAAGGAAGCAAGCAACUCUUCGUAAAGGGGCACCGGUCUCACCAUCAUAACGACACCCUUGAUUCCAUUUGCAAGUGCCUUAUCGCCGCAUUUCUUCCAGUAGUCCGCUGGCUGGGACUCUUCUCCCAGCAUCAUCAUCGAGCCGUGAGAGAAGAAAUGCACUGGGGUCAAGGCUUUCUGACUCAUCUUGCGUACUCGGGGUUAUCUUAGGGAUGCCAGCCUGGUCAUUUUGCUCUAUUCUACUCUACUCUACUCUGCCGUAGUCGGGGUGUACAAUAUAUUCUCCACGUGCCUGUCCAUUGUCCCGAAGUGGGAGACCUCCCCCCGAUGGCAUGGUGACUAAGCAGGAUCCGGGGAAAUGUGGGGAAGCCGGGGCCGGAUGCGGAGGGAUUCUCCGAGGAAGAUUCAUUGCUAAUGUCAAAUGGCUGUACGUGAUGGACCUGGACUUCCUGAACGUACAUAUUUCAGUUCCUACCCCUCAGUCUUCCUUACCUCGAUAGUAGCCGAGCUGAAAAUCGACGCACCAUGCAGCGACGAGAUGUUGCACAAUGUGCAUUGUCUUAGGGCCCCAGUCUCGGCGAAAAAAAAAGACCUCAUGCUUCCGGGCUUGGGCGAGGAAGACUCGUCCUGAACUUUGUCGAACGACCGCUGGGCCAAAGGCCCUAUUUGUCCCGAACAGUGUUUAGGGUCCAGGACUAGCCCAACAGACUUUUAUGUUACACCUGCGGAUUGGCAUGAGGAGUGCUGACAGCUAUGAUGGAGAUUUUGGAGGGAUGAUUAGCCAGAUCGAUUGCCACCUCUUAGCAUUCGCGAGCGCAUUUCCAAUAUAUAUAUUCAGUGUCGCUGCCGUCCUCUGUGCCAUGUGCAGAUGGCCUCGCCGGCUCAGCCAUUUACUGAAUAGCCAGCCGUCUAUCGCAGAAUGAAGGAUCGCCUUAGCAGAGCUCAUGAGAAUCGAAUGCUUUCAGAUCGUGUUCUCAAAUGAGGAGAGAUAACGAAAAUGGCAAUUCCUGCAACAUUCCAAUCGACAAGUCAAACUGUUGCCUUCGCGAAGUCUCCAUGCUUCGUCGCUGUCUUCAUUCAAGUGUAUUUCAAGGAGCCAGUCUGAUAGUAUAUUUUUGAAUUUGAAUAUUUAAUUUGAUAGGAUCGUAAUAGUACUGCGGUGCACACGAGACCUCGAUAAUAUGUUCGUGUUCACUCCACCCAAACGACCUUGCAUUAGGACAUCAAAGGGCAAGAGUCGUAUGAUAGAAAUAGCCCAUGAUCAAGAAUUAUGUAUAACAGGAUCCAGGAACAUGGCCUAUCAAGAAUGAAUGGCGACCCGGAAGGGAUACAAGGAGGAUCGAGACAGUUUGGUUUAUAACAUGGCUGAUAACCGUGGGAGUGCGUUUAUUGCAUUGCUCAAAUGCUUGGAUCUACU